UUCUGUGGGGUACAAGAUCCAGCAGCAGCAGCAGCAGCAGCACCAGUACCAACCAGCAGAACCAACCAGUCCCAGCACCAGAAGAUAACCGGUUACCUGCGGCGAGUCAUUCUACCCCAGACCAGACCACAGACGGGGGGGCGGUAUGAUAGGCGUGAUAAGGCACGCCCCCAUAACGCUAAAAGGUCUUUUCCCCAACUCUGCCAUUCCAAUAAAGACGGCAGGGUGCGCUGCCCAUCGAGACUUUGUCGGGACGCUGCUCCGACAUAUCAAGCCGUUCCUGUCCUGUCCUGUGCUGCCACCCAAACACCAUCGCGAUAACCUGCCUGCCAACCCCCUCCCUCCGACCUGCCCUACCGCUGCGGAAGACCGACAUGAAGUCUUUGAGUAGGCCCCACGAGAACAGUCCGUCAUGCCGCAACUAAGCCAGGGACAAUACAAAGUGACCAAGAAAUGCCAAAAAGCGUGCGAACGAUGUCGGGUGAUGAAGGUGAAGUGCUCCGGCUCACAGCCGUGCGCCCGCUGCGACAGGAAGAAGCACCGGUGCAUCUUUGCGGCCGAGGACAAGAGGGUGUCGGUGCCGGAGAGUUACCUCCGUGAGCUUCAGAACCAGAGACGGAAUAGCGAGCAGGCGUCGGACCGCUCGGCGAGGGCCGUCAGCCGCGCCGACGAUGCCGAGGACGACGUCCGGGGCCGGUAUGCCGAUGCAUACGCGACGCCGCAUCCUACCUCUCUGGGCCCGAGCGAGGAUGCCGCCGCCGCCGCCGGUGGUCAACUGGAGACCCCGAGUAACGACAGUCCGCGUCUGGGGGGCCCCGCGGCCUCCGAACCCGACACGGAGGUGGAAGACGCCCCGUCGGCCCUCGGGGAGCAGAGCGACUUCGGGCCCGGGUUCCGGCAGAACCCCUUGGUGGACAACGACUACACGUUUGCAAAAGUCGGCGAACGGUACUGGUACAUGGGCCCGACGUCGUCGUGGUCCUUCUGCCGGCGCGUCCUCGCCCUCCUCGGGAAACGCAUCCCGGAGGCCGCCCCGGACCCGUGGCACCUCCCGCACGAGGGCGCCUUCAGGAUGCACUGGACGCCGCUCGGCGCCUCCGAGGCCCCCGACACCUCCAACCUCCCGCCGCUGGAUUACGCCAUGUUCCUCUUCAACACGGCCAAGUUCUACCUCGGCGCCGUCUUCUACCUCGUCGACGAGCCGUCCUUCCUGCGCGAGAUGCGCGAGCUGUACGAGGACCCGGCGGCCAAGGCGGCCUCCUCGCGGCUGUGGUACGCUCAAUACCUGCUCAUCCUGGCCUUCGGCAAGGCCUUCGUGGUGAGCGGCGGCGGCCCGCACGCCGCGGCGCCCCCGGGGGCCCAGUACGCCGCGCGGGCGAUGGCGUUGCUGCCGGACCUGUCCGGGCUGAACCCGGACUCGAUCCUCUCGAUCCAGGCUCUGGCGCUGGCGGCCGUGUAUUUCCAGUGUUUGGACAUGAGGCUGGCGGCGUAUCAACAUAUCGGCCAGGCGCUGCGCAUCGGCAUCGUCGAGGGCAUCUACAGGCACAUGCCGGAGGAGGUCGUCGGCCCCGAGUACUCGCGCCGCUGCAAUAUCGUCUUCUGGGUCGUUUACACCCUCGACCGGGAGUUCUCAGCUCUCAUGGGGGCGCCGACGUCGAUCCGGGACGAGGACAUCACCGUCAAGCUGCCGUCCAAGAUGGACGGGUCGCUCGACGCGCUGAACAUGACGCUGCAUGUGCGGCUCUCGCGGUUGAUGGCGCGCAUUCUCACGACCGUCUACGGCGUCGGCAAGGAGUUUGACGGCUCGCUUGUCUUGAACACUCAGUCGAUUCUCAGAGAUCUCGCCCGUCUAUCCCGAGACUUGACGGCACUGCUCGACACACACUUUCAAGGGUCCGUCAGCAGGGCGUCGAGGAUGGCGUUGCGGCUCAUCCUGUCUUAUCACCAUUGCGUCGUCCUCACCACCAGACCCCUCGUCAUGUGCGCCCUCCACAUGCACAUCGAGCACUCGGACAACCGGCACUCCCAGACCGUCAGCCUGACGCCCCCCGUCGCCUCGCUCCUCCAGUCGUGCGUCGACUCGGCCCAGACGGUCCUCCGCACCCUCCGCGUCCUCGGCGACGAGGACCUCCUCGAGGCCUUCCUGCCCUUCCAGCUCGAGGACGCCUUCUCGUCGGCCUUCCUCCUCUACCUCAUCCGCGUCAUCAGCCCGUCGCUGCUGCAGGACGACGCAUGGUGCGACAACAUCAAGUGCGUCCUCGACCGCAUGAUCGCCAAGGGCAGCCUCGUGGCGCCGCUGCGCCGGCUGGAGCUCAGCCAGCUCGAGCACAUCAUGUCGGCGCUGACGCCGGCGGGCGAGGAGCCGCCGACGCCGCCGCCGAGCACGGCGCAGCAGCAGCAGCAGCAGCAGCAUCAUCAGCAGCACGCGCAGCAGCAUGUGCAGCAUGGUCAACAUCACGGGUCACACGAGCACGGGUCGUUCCUGGACCAGAUGGAGGAGGCUGGGUGGGACAUCUUUGACACGAGCGGCAUGGGCGGGCUGUCGCCGCAGGCGCUGUUGGACCUGGCGGAGCGGUUGGACGUGGAGGAUCUGAUACAGUCCGUCGACGGGGACGGGGAUCACAGAUGAUGAGAUGUGAUGAUCAGCAGAUGAAUGGCGAUGAUGAUAACGAUGAUGAUGAUGGUUAUGGGCAUUGUACACAUCGGGAUUCACU